CCGGUAACUGCUGAAUUGUGAAGUUCUUCUGUGAGGUUGAUGUAUUGAUGGAUUCCAGGAUGGCCAUACGUGUUAUAUUGUUACUAACACUUUUUACUGGGCUGUGUGUUGCUAAUUUGAAAGGGAAUCUUGCUCUUAAUGCCUGGGUGGUGCAGUCCUCCUUAGGAAACCCACAGGGAGCUGCUGAACACGCAGCAGAUGGAAACAGAGACUCAAAUUACGCGAAGGGCUCAUGCACCCUCACUAAAGUGGAGUUUAACCCAUGGUGGAGAGCUGACCUUGGAAACGUCUACAGUAUAAGCAAUGUUUCCAUCACUAAUCGUGGAGACUGUUGCAAAGAACGACUCCGAGGAGCUCAGAUUCGCAUUGGUAACAGUCUGGAGAACAACGGAAACAACAAUGAGCUGGCUGCAACUGUUCUUACUGUUCCUAAUGGAACAGUAACGUUUGUGUUUGAGCCUGUUAACGGACGAUAUGUCAACAUAUUUUUACCUGGGAACGAUGAAAUCCUUACUCUGUGUGAAGUUGAGGUGUUUGCAGAAAAGGACAAACCAUUGUACACUUGUGGUCCAAGGAAUCUUGCUCUUGGAGGCAAAGCUGUUCAGUCCACUACAAACAGUGGAUUAGGAGUUGCUCAAAAUGCUAUCGAUGGUAACAGACAGUCAAUUCACGCGCUCGGGUCAUGCAGUGUGACUAACGGGGACAAGGACCCCUGGUGGAGAGUUGACCUGCUGGACGUCUACAGGGUAACCAGGGUUAGCAUCACUAAUCGUGGAGACUGCUGUGAAAAGAGGAUCGAGGGUGUUCAGAUCCGUAUCGGAAACAGCCUGGAGAAUAACGGCAACAAUAAUCUCCUGGCUGCGACUGUUGGGCCCGUCCCACUCGGAGACACAAAAACAUUUGAGUUUAAGCCUGUUAAGGGGCGAUACGUCAACCUUAUUGUGCCUGGACGCAAUGAAUUCCUCACUCUGUGUGAAGUUGAGGUUUAUUCAGAUUAAGUGGAAUGUAAUGACGUACAUCACAGUCCACCGAUCCGCUGACACUACUUUUUUUCUGAGCAAUACUAUUGCACUUUUUAAAUUUUACUUAUGCACCUUUAUCCUUCCUCCAGUUACCCUCUAAACACCCUCAUCCUAUUCUUUAUCUUUGCUUUCUACAUUAAUAAAUUACUACAGCAUUGAAUGUUGUAUUGAAUGUGUCUGAAUCAAAAAAAAAAAACAAAAAAAAACAUUUGGAUGUUUACAGUGAGGAGCACAAGACAUGUAGUAUGUAUGCUAUGUAUGUAGCUA